UUCUAUUUGAAAGACUUAUUUCGAGAUUUUUGAGAAAUAAACAAGGGAGAUUGAGAAUUCCCCUUAAACUUUUUCAUGCAGAAUGUUUUCGCUCAAUUGUUUCUUUUAAAUUGGCGCCGCUGCAACAAAUUUAUUGAAGGAAUUGGUUUUCUAAACUUGCCUUCACCACUACACACUGCUGUUUCAUUCUACCAAUAACAACCGACCCUUAGGUGUUCGACGAAAUGUCAAACCGAGUUUUCAUGAAAAAGGGGUUGCUGACUCUAACAGGCACUCACCUUGUCAACUUCCUAACCAAACAAAACCAACAAAAAUCACUCUGUGCAUCCAUUUCCAUUCGAUCAAAAACAACAUCUAUCCAAUAUGUAGAAUCCCGAUAUAGAGACCCCACUUUUGAGAAAUUCAUGGACAAGUAUAAGAACCUUCUCAAAGUCAUUGCCGUUCAAGACCUUAUCCUUGCAAACCCCAAAAACCAAUCCGUCUCUGUUGAUUUCCUCUCCAAUCUCUCCCAGAAGCUCCACCUCAACCGCGGCGCCACUGCCUUCCUCCGCAAGUUUCCUCAUAUCUUCCAUAUUUACUAUGAACCUUCCAAGUUGCAGCCGUUUUGCAGGUUAACUGACGCUGCUCUUGAUGUCUCGCGCAUGGAAGCUGAGGCUAUUAAUGCUUCUUUGCCUCUUGUUGUUGAAAGACUUGUUCGGAUAUUGUCCAUGUCUGCUUCUAGAACGGUUCCUCUUAGAGCUGUUUUCAAGGUUUGGAGGGAGCUUGGCCUUCCUGAUGAUUUUGAGGACUCGGUUAUCGCUAGGAAUCCUGGUGUUUUUCAGCUUUGUGAUGCAGAUGAACUAAAUACUCAUUUGUUGAAGCUGGUUGGUGAUGUUCCCAGCAAUGGUUUUAGAGCUUCUGUUGAAGAUUGGAGGGUUUUUGAGUGUUGUAAAGAGGAGUGCAGUGUUAAUAGUAUGGAAAUGCGGUAUAGUUUCAAACAAGGAUAUCCUCCAGGGAUGAGGUUGAGCAAGAACUUCAGAGCCAAAGUGAAGGAAUGGCAGAGUUUGCCUUAUAUGGGGCCUUAUGAAAUGGUUUGUGAGAAGAAGAAGUCUUCAAAGGCUGGAAUGAUGGCGAUGGAGAAACGAGCGGUGUCCAUUGUUCAUGAGUUUCUGAGUUUGACAGUGGAGAAGAUGGUGGAAGUUGAGAAGAUAAGUCAAUUUAGAAAAUGGUUUGGGAUUGAUUUAAAUAUAAGGGAUCUGUUCUUGGAUCACCCGGGAAUCUUUUAUUUGUCGACUAAAGGUAAAAGGCACACUGUUUUCCUGAGGGAAGCUUAUGAACGAGGGUGUUUGAGACAGCCAAAUCCUGUUUAUGAUGCAAGGAGAAGGCUACUUGAUCUUGUUGCUUUAGAACGUCGGGGUUUACCUGCUGUUAAUUCCAAGUUGCAGGACAAAAGCAGUAGCAACGAGGUUGAGCAAGGGGAUAACAUGCAAAGCCAUGAUAUUUUAUCAUCUUUUGACUAGUUUUCAUGAAUCAUGAUAACAUUUUUGCUAUUAGUUGUACAAUAAUACAAUUCAGCUAGUAUGUAGUGUCACUGUCAAGACUAUAGAGGUGUAUUGUGAAUUUCCGAACAAGUUUGCUUGAAGCUGA